AUGCGAAUAGAGUUUGACGCAUCAGCUCAAGCAAGUCAGACAAGUCCCUCAUUGAAUGAUUGUCUAGAGACUGGGCCUCCACUCCAAAACUUACUGUGGAGUGUGCUAGUGCGAAACCGUUUCAAACCAGUAGCGCUUUGUGGCGAUCUCAAGCAGGCGUUCCUACAAGUACGCAUUCGAAUGGAAGACCGAGACGCCUUGAGAUUUCACUGGAUCAAGAACAGAGAUGUGUCAAAUGUGGAAUCACCGUUCUUGUUAGGAGGGACACUGCAACAACACCUGGAAAGCCUAAAAGAAAGGUACCCAAAAGAAGUGGAGGAAAUCAAAAGGAGCAUGUACGUAGAUGAUUUGAUUACCGGUGGGCAUUCAAACGAGCCCGAGUUGGAAACGAGUGUGGAACUGAACACAGAAGGUGAGAAACAAAGCUAUGCCAAAGAGCAACUGGGAGUUAAAUCCGGCAAGUCCAGGAUGUUGGGACUGCCUUGGAACAAACCAGAAGACACCAUCGCAGUAAUGUUUCCACAAGCACCCCCAGAAGUGACCAAGAGGGAGAUGCUGCGGUCUCUCGCUUCGGUGUACGACCCUCUUGGUCUAGCAUCACCUAUAUCCCUCGUGGGGAAGUUCUUAUAUCAAGAAGUUUGUGACCAACACCUCCCAUGGGAUGAAAGUGUACCCGAAAGUAUUAGAAGACAGUGGGACAAAUUCCAGAAAAACCUUCCAGACCACCUUCAAUUCCCGUGCAGUUUGGCAGGCCAUCAAGAAACUAUUGAAGGAAUCGCCCUGCACACAUUUGGAGACACAGGUGGGAAAGGAUCAGCUGCUGCUGUGUAUGGGGUGGUUAACCGAGCUUCAGGCGACAACAGAGGAUUACUGGCAGCAAAAUUGCAUCUGGCAAAAAAGGGGCUCACUAUUCCUCGGCUGGAACUAGUGUUAGCACACAUGGCAGCAAACCUCGCGAAAAACAUUAAGAACACUCUGGAAGGACAACCAGUUUGA